AUGACCCAAAGUGUCGCUUGGUCUCUGGUGAGUACUUUGCUAAAAAAUAACCUUAAAACCGGCAUUUGUAGAUUCAUAAAACACUAUAAUACAACAAAUGUCAGCUGUUCACGUAAGCCGGAUUUAAUUAAAAAAACCAAUUCAGAAUUACCUGGAAAAAUAUCAGCUGGUACCAAGAAGGCAAAUGCUGAAAAUAAGCAAGAAAUCCCUGAAAUUAGUAUAUCCCAUGCUAAAGCUGCAUUGGCAUUGGUGAAAACUCUUGAUGUCACGAGAGACAAUGCUCUGAGCGUUGUCAGUAAGUACAAAUCUUUUGAAAAAUUAUCCAGGGUGACAAUACUCAAGAAUUACUGUGUUCUUCGUGAUGCUGACGUUGACAAGUCGACGUUGAGAGUGCAUAUGUACGCUUUAGCAAGUACCACCAAAAACUUGAUGACUAAAAUAAAUUAUAUCAAUGAUAUGAAGCUGGAAAUAAAUGCAGCCAUUCCAUUGUUGCAAUUGACGGUGGAUAAAUUAAAAAAAAUGAAAAUUAAUACUGAAAAUGACAGAACUGUCGUUCCGGAUUUUAAUAACAGGGUUGAAUAUUUGGCUAGUAAUUUUGGAUGUAGUUUAGAAGAAAUGUGUUCAAUUUUGGUGAAAAAUCAAUUUAUGCUGCCAAUUCGGAUGAAAAGAAUUAAAAAUGUCACUGAACUUUUAAUUGCUGAAGGAAUGCCAGGAGAAAAUAUAAAGAAUGAUUUACAUAUUUAUAAAUUUAGUUUAGAAAAAAUAAAAGAACGAAUAGAUAGAGCCAAAGAGGUCGGAAUUAAAUCUUUGAAACCUUGGAUCAUACGUUGUCCACCUGAAUCAUUGGACAAUAUUGAAGAAAAAAAAAUUAACAAAAUGAAUUUAUUAAAUCCACACGGAAAAUUGGAAAAUUAUAUAAGUUCAUACUUCAACUGUGAUCGAGAUCUAGCUGAGGGUCUUAUCAAGCGUGAUCCUAGUUUAUUAAAAAUUAAUGUUAAAAAUUUAAGUAAAGUAUUGAAUUUUUUACACAGCAAAGGAUAUUUAUUUGAAGAAAUAUUUUGCCAUCCACGUAUACUUCAUUGGAGUGAGAAAACACUUAGAGAUAGAUAUGAUAAAUGGUUUCAGUGUUAUGCUGUUCAUCCGCCAUUAAAAGUACUUACUUCAUUAACGCACACCUCGCAAAUUCAUUUAAAGGACGAAAAUAAAAUUACAUGA